AUGAACCCUUUGUGGAAGUCCUACAAGAGCAAAGUGCUCAAGACCAUUAACCCCGAGUAUGAGGAGGAAACUGCGGAGGAGGUUUCAGAAGUGGAAAUGGAGAAUGAUCUGAAUCCAGUUCAAGAGGACGAGGGCCCCAAUGCUGUCUCCCAGUUAGCCAAAAAGAUGCAGGGAGCUGGGGCUAAGAGCUGGAACAAACUGUCCACUUUAUUCAACAAAGAGGAUGAGCACCAGCUCCUGGAGGAGACGGAGAGUCCACCUGUCCCUGACCAUCCAUUGGCAGUAAAGCCUGAGGAGCCCUCUCGACCCUCACGCCGCACAGGAUUCUGGGACAGUUUUGCCACCAACUGGGCUGCCAAGAAGCAGGCGGACGCAGCGGCUGCAGCAGCCAAUGAGGCGGCCGCAUCAGCGCAGGAGGGGGAGGGGGUGAUGGAGUCCGGGGGGCAAGAGGCCCAGGACGGCCACAUCUCAGAAAACCAGGGCGAUGAGGGCGGAGCUAAGACCAACAGCUUCUCCAAAUAUGUGUCUCUGGGGGGAGGGGCUGGGGGCAGUGAAGAUGCCUCCUUUAAGUGGAACUUUGUCACCAGUAAACUGGCUGAGCUCAAGACCAAGACCGUGACCAAAACCAACUAG